AUGAGUACACUCAAAUCCCCCAGUCUUGUGCAGCUCAGCAGGUCUCAUCAAUAGUUGCAUUUCUCAUUCAGAUAGUGUGCACUCCUUGUAUUUCUCAAGAAUCUCAUAUUUCUUCACUAGUGAAUCGCCACUUUGAAUUCUUGACAUUAGUGCUUCUAAUCAUAUAAUAGGCAUAUCUAGCAAGUUUACAUCUUAUUCUAGUCAUCCUGGUGUCUCUAAUGUUACCCUAACUAACAAAUCAACCACACAUAUCUUAGGUGUGGGGACAAUAUCUCCAUCAUUUGAACUAUCUCUUAAAUCAGCCCAUGUACCAAAAUUUCCUUUUAACCAUCUCUUUUGCUACUAAUGUGGUGAAUCAAUUUCUGGAACAACCAUACACCAAGCAUCUCAAUAUGAGCAUACAAAUAUUGAGGAAUCUCAUAGAUAGUCCAAAUAGAAGACGGCUAUACAAGAAUAAUGGUCAUCACACAGCACAAGGUUUUUCAAAUGUCGAUUGGGCUUUUUGCAGUCUAGACAAGAGAUCUAUUACUGACUACAAUAAUUUCCUUAGUGGCAAUCUUAUUUCUUAGAAAGGUAAGAAACAACAUGUGAUCUUGCAAUUAAGUGAUGAAUCAUAGUACAAGGCAAUGCAUAUACUACAUGUAAACUUAUAUGGAUCAUACAUCUUUUUGAAGAACUUGGUUUUCAUCAUGAAGGUCCUGUGGAGUUUAAAUGUGAAAAUCAGGCAGCAAUUCAUAUCUCGUCUAAUCCUAUGUUUCAUGAGAGAACAAAACACAUUGAAGUUGAUUGUCACUUCAUCAAAGAAAAGAUCCAAGUGAAACUCAUCACUAUAGUCUAA